CAAUGAGCUUGAGUUCCCCGCCUUUUGAGUACAACGCCUUCCCAACAAUACAGAUGAAGUCUAAAGUUGGACGUUAUAAAGCAUCUUUCGUAGUGGACAUGUGAAUGAAGUACUGGAGGCGAUUUACUCUUUGAAGCAAUCUGCUGGCAGCCAUGUUGCUGCCAUCUGACGUCGCUCGUCUCGUUCUGGGCUAUCUUCAGGAAGAAGGUCUCUCCGCUACAAGCCAAGCAUUCAUUCAGGAGAGCCCAAACCUGAAAGAAUAUGCAGAACACACCAUGGGAGAUGGAGCUCUCCCUGCUUGUGUUUUCUCUGUCUUUGGAAAGGGACUAACAACGAUUUUAAAUGAGUAUAUGGCUGCAAAAGCAAAAGAGACUUGCCAUGAAGUACCUGCUAUGUUGACAUCAUUGUGGAAAAAGCUGGAUUUUACGCUCAAACAAAUCAAGUCCUUACAGAGUUCUCCAGCUAUCGCAGCAAGUCAGAGAGCACGUUCACGCAUUGGACUGGCAAACUUGGCGAAACAACGAGGUUUGACGAUGACUUCAACGAGCAGUCUUGUAUGUUCUUCGGAAGCAUCCUUAAUCAGCAGCCCGGCACUCAGCACACAGAGUACGCUCAACCACUCCAUCCCUGUGAGCUAUAGUUCUCCCCAAAUCAGAGCCCCUCCGGGUACUGCAACGGCUCAGCAAUUCCAUGAUAUUAGCCAAUCACUCAAUAUACAGAGAGAUUGCCCUAUACAGAUAAUAGUUUCAGAACAGCGACCAAAUCCUGGACCAAUGUCUCCUGGGCGACGGAAAUGGGACACUCCAAGGAAAAGGAGCACUGCUCUGGGGUGCUCCAGUGGUCCUGGAAAGUCGAGUACACCUGCCAGCAACGUUACUGCUGAACCACAACCUGAAGAAGUCGUUGAUGAGAACUUCCCUCAACUUGUGAUACAAAGUGCUCGUGAUAAGAUUCUGGGAGACCGGUCAUUACAGGAAAAACUUGCUGAAAAUAUCAACAAAAUUCUUGCAAAUGAACCAACUCCCCAAACAGUAAAGGCCCCAUCAAGUUCAAUAGAAGAGGACCAGUCAAUUGAUGAGAUCCUGGGAUUACAGGGAGAAAUACAUAUGAGUGAGGAUGCAAUUCAUGAUAUUUUGGAGCAAACGGAAUCGGACCCCGCAUUUCAGGCCCUGUUUGACCUCUUUGACUACAAUAAAGCACGAACUGAUGGAGAACCAGGAAAUAUGGAUAUGGACAAUAAGACAGGAGAGAAUGAUAAUGCCGGACCACCAUCUACAGUCGGGCAGCUUCAGAGUAACAAUCCAGGCACCACAGUGCAAGAGACAUCAGAUUUAACAGCGGCAACGGUGAAGAACAAACCUAUCCAAGAACGCAAGACCAGAAAAUCAAACACUCUGUUGAAGAAGAGUGUAAUCGGGCCCAGCAGUAGAUCAUCCCAGUCAGACAACAGUACUGAAAAUGAAAAAGAAAAAGCUUCACUCUUUAGUAAUACUGUUGAUGCAUCACCAAUGGAUAUUGACAGCACAGUGGAUACUUCAGCUAUCAUGGAGCAUACACCCACUCUUGGAGAACUGUGUGUCACUAAAGACAACGUACCCACCACUAUGUCCCUCAUGGACUCAACAGCUGUCCUUUCAUCGAAAGCCACUCCUACUCAAAGGGGAAGUAAACAAGAACAAGGCUCUCGAGUUGAAUCCUUGGCAUCUUUAUCUUCGCAGGGUGAUGAGCCUGUGUUUUUGUCUCCUGAUCAAGUUAAGAUGAGUGGAAACCCCUCUCUUACUUCAGUUGCAAUCAACGGCGGAGCAAUUCAGCCUCCGAUGAAUCUCUCAGUAACGCCUCAGUCAUCCAUGAGCUCAUUUUCUUCCGCAGACUCCACUGUUGCUAACAACACUGUAACAAAUAUAGUAACAGCUUGUCCCCAGCUAUCUUCCUCUCUCAGCACACCUCAUACAGGUAUACUUGACUCAUCCACUUUUACAUCCGCCACAUCCCCAAUCUCUGGAAUGCUCGGCGCUGCUCAAUCUAGCUUGGCCACCUGCGAUAACAACGCCCCAAGAAAAGAUAUGACAGAUUCCAAUAAUGUGGUUUCUUUGAAGAUCAUCAUCAGUGAUAACCCCGAUGACAUUUCCUCAAGUGAUACAGCUUUGAAUCAGGCAAUUUCCAGUAUUGCUACAGAAAAGCUCCCCACAAUCUACCUUUCUUCACCCGCCAAGUCCCCUCGAGAACCUGGCACACCAAGAGGCACUAACUUGGAUGAAGCCGCACUGGCGGUGCAUGGCUUACAAAGCUCAGAGGCACUUGCUAAUUCCCCUUCCAGAGCUGGGCCACUUCUCCCAUUUCAUCAGUUGACCCCAGCAACACAAACACAACUGGCGAAUUCAGCUAGUAGAGCCGGAGCACUCGUUCCAUUUCAUCAGGUCACAUCAGCAACACCUAGUAGAGCCGGAGCACUAGUUCCAUUUCAUCAAGUAACGUCAGCGACACCUAGUAGAGCAGGAGCACUCGGUCCAUUUGAUCAGUUAACAGCAACAACACAAACACAGCAAGCUCAUUCACCUAGUAGAGUUGGAGCGCUAGUUUCUUCUCAUCCGUUACCGACGACGACACAAACGCAGCAAAGCUACAUUAUUCAGCUACCCUUGGACACUGCUAACCCUGCGCUUCAAGGAGCGGGUACUAGCUAUUUCCUCAUGACGGAACCCCUGACAGCAGAUACUUCAAGCAGACAGGUGCAGGUGCCUGCAGGUUCCUCAAAAGUACCUCUUUUGCCCCAAAACGGCCAUUAUAGUGUUUCAGCAGCAACUCCUGCACAAAGCCUUGUCACUGGGUCACCACUCAUCUUGCCAUCACCUGCUAAGCCUAUGAUACUUCCUGUCUCUGUUGUGGGGCAGAAUGCGACUGGAAAUGUCCAGAUGGUGGCUAAUCAGGGUGUUGGAAUACCAAACCUAGUGCCAAUGCAGCACACCGUAACUUUGGAUCCCAAACUUUCGAUGGUUGCUGGUAACCAGCCCACAACUGGUGGAAUUAUGCUCAAUGAAGUCACACAGAAUUUGCACAAUGCAAAUCAGCAUCACGAAUCAAAGGAUUCUGGUUCCAGCCAUAAGAGAAUUUUAUGUUUUGAGUCAUCUACCAAAAUUCAACCAACAACUUCUAAACCAACAACGGCCACCUCUUCAGCUGGGAAUGUGUCAACGUCACUGUGUGUCACGCAGUCUAAAAAAGGUCGUUCACAAACGACCCGCUGUACAAGGCCCACUAUCCUCGGUGGCAAUAAGCACAAACGGAGAGUCGAGACCGUGAGGUGCUCGUCAGAUCCCAAAAUUGGUGGGAAUUUGGAUACGAAUUUUCCUUCACAACAACAAAAUUGCGAUGCGAACACCCCACAUCAAAAACCUCAAAUUGCAAGUGGGAGCAGAGUCGAUGUGUCUCAGACUGAGUCAAUAAAAAGCUCAGAGCCAAGAAACAAAUUGAAAUCUACAGCAGGGAAACACAGUCCUAAUGAAGUUGAGGUGAGUGAUGGAACUAAGCCAAAGUAUGAUAGCUCAGAAUCGUCGUCAUCCGAUUCUGCACUCAAAUCGGGCAGUAAAAAAAAAGUUGACAGCAACAAGAAAGAGCCUGCGGAACAAACAGACGAGACCAUGCAUACUCCGCGCCAACCAAAUGUGAUAGCCGAUAAAGAAAACAAAACGAUGGGUUGCUCGCCAGUGCAGCAGCAGCCGGCCACUCACACGCCAGCAGACAUAGCACCUCCAGAUGUCACACCUACGUCAAGUUCCCAAUCCACAGCUGCAAAAAUUCCCUCAAAGACCAUCUCUCUGGCCACAAAGGCAGCUGAGCUUCUGCAGAACAUUCAAGGGCUGAACUCUCCUCCCAGACCUGCUAAGAGAUUACCGGUAGGACUCAACAGCCCAGAUCUUACUGGUCCACGAACCCCAGGGACUGGUGGUAACCCAGAAGAGUCGAUGAAAAGUCCAAGGACUCCCUUGCAACAGAAGAAGGGUAAAGAUGCGGAGGGAACACCUAAGAAUCUUCUUCCCCAUAACACCCCAGACGUCCCGACCUGCAGCCCCGCCAGUGAGACCGGCAGUGAAAACAGCAUCAAUAUGGCUGCUCACACGCUAAUGAUCCUGUCUCGUGCCGCCAUCGCCAGGACUGGCACUCCACUCAAGAACAGUUUGCGCCAAGAGGCAGGCGAAAAGUCUCCUGCAAACUUGGAGAAUUCCAAGAAACGGAAGCAGUCCCCUUCCACAGCAACCCCCCCUGUUAAGAAAUCUUUAAAGCAAUCUCCCACUAAAAAGCAAAAAAAGCAAAAGAAAAACCUCAUAAAUUGUUUCCCACAUGACUUGGAUGUGGAUAAGUUCCUUUCUUCACUUCACUACGAUGAAUAAAAGCGGAACGGGAAACGGCUGCUAUAACAUGAACUACUUGAGUUACGUCCAGGAAUAGAACAAGCCAUCUGGUUCAUUCGUAUAACCUAAACUUACAUCUUGUCAAUUGAAAUCAAUCUGUUUUGCUCAAUUAGGCUUUAUUUUUACCAGUAUUGUUGACUUGCAGCAGUUGAGCAGACAUGGCACUUUUUUUUUUCCAUCAUCACGCUUGUUUAUGAUUAUGAUACUGUUUAGCAGCAGUACUUGUAUCACUUUGUAUCGUUGUUUGUUCUCAAGGAUGGUUCAGCAUUUCUUUGGUCAAUAUUUGACUCCGGUUUGAUGAAACCAACUGACAGUUAAACAUGUUGCUGUGUACAAAUACAUUUUGUAAUGUGUUUUCCAAUAAAUGUAUUAAUCGGUUUGAAUUUGAUUGUUUUAUCUUAAAAACGGAUGUAAAUGAAAAAUAUGAAAUGGAAAUGAAACAUUUUAGAAUGUAAAGUUUGGGAGCAAAAAUACAGUAUAUCUCGAGCCUGUGACAUUAACUGAUUGUAUUUUUGCUGCGCAAUAAAGUUGGCUUGCAGGUUUUUA